UACAUGGAGACAAAUGCUCCACUAAAGGCUCUCCCAGCUUUCCCUUAACUUUAAUUCAACCUCUCUAAGCAUAUAGAAUGGAGGUAAUCGUGUUCUUAAAACACAUAUAUAAAAUCUCCAAGUCCUAAGGAUUGUGUAUCUAUACAUACACCAUUUGUAUCAUACACACCUCCAUUUACGUGCCAUUAAGCACAUCUCACACAUGUGCAGACACCAUGGUCUUGUGCACUCAUUACUGCACACACCCACACGUACAGUAGCAUAAGUUUGCAAAACCAGAAGGAAAUAGGUAGAAAGUGGGAUUCUGCGGGCGCGUUUUCACCUACAGCUUUUCAAGGCCCGGGGAAGGCUACCAAUGUUAGUUUCUCCUUGGACACCUAGUCACCGCCACCUCACCCUGUGUGCUCCACAGGGCUCCUUGAUGAUGACACAGACAGAGGGCAUCCUUUGAGUCCUGGCCCCCAUGACAUCCAAAGACAAAGCUGUGGUAUCCUUGCCAGUUUCUCCCUGGGAUGCCAUCCUUAAGGCUGCCAAAGACCAGCUGCCAUCUCUGGAUUCAGACUCCUCCCUGUCUGACUGUGAGGAAGAAGAACCCUUCAUCUUUCAGCGGAACCAGCCUGUCCUGAUUCCAGACCUAACGGAGGAGCUGGCUGAAGACCCUGUUGGUGUCGAUGAGUCUGGGACCUGGGUUACUGCAGGGAGGAGUCCUUCACCUGAGGUCUGUGGGACACAGGCCUUGGGAGCCCUUAAUAGAUCCCACCCGAGGCUUUUAUCCUUGGCAACCCCAGCCUGUUAG